CGCCGCUCGCACACUCUUCCGAAAUAUAACGAAUAGUUUUUGAAAACUUUUGUUAAUUUCCAAAUGGAGUCCCCCCUCGUCCGUGAAAGCUGGUUAGUUUUCUCCGUGCAUGAUUAGACAAAGCUUCUAGACAGGACUACAGGAGCCUUCGUUGACCUUCAGCAAAGCUGCGUUCGUUUUCACCGGAAUUCCACCAUGUACGUUCACACCACGGCUCCUCAUUCAUGGAAGUUCGCUGGCGCUAUAUAUCUAACUUGCAGUCGUUUCUCGUUGCACAUGUGCUGAUCGAGAACUCGAGAAGGACUGCUGGCCAUGGCUGCUGCGGCGUUGCUCCUGGUGGCUGCGCUCGUCGCCCUCGGCUCCGGCCAUGGCGGCGAGGCCUUCGACCCCAACCCUCUCCAGGACUUCUGCAUCGCCGACGCCACGUCCAAAGUGCGCGUGAAUGGGUUAUCGUGCAAGGACCCGGCCGCCGUGGUGUCCGACGACUUCUUCUUCGCCGGCGCCGACAAGCUGCGGGACGCGGUGAACGAGCGCUACGGGUACUCGGCGGUGACCGUGCAGAUCCCGGGCCUUAACACGCAGGGCCAGCGGUACGCCCGCGUCGACCUCGCACUGGGGGCCAUCUUCCCGCCGCACUACCACCCCAGGGCGGCCGAGACGGCCGUGGUGCUGGAAGGCUCCGUCUACUUCGGGUUCGUCUCCUCCUACCCGGACAACAAGCUCUUCUCCAAGGUGCUCCACAAGGGCGACGUGUUCGCCGUGCCGCAGGGGCUCAUGCACUUCCUCUACAACAACGGCACCGCCCCCGCCGCGCUCUACGCCAGCCUCAGUAGCCAGAACCCCGGGCUGGUGCUCCUCGCCAACGUGCUCUUCGCCGGGGCACUCCCCGAUGAUCUCCUCGCUAAGACGCUCUUCACGGACAAGCACACCGUGGACAGCAUCCGGGCAAACUUUCGGCGGUCUUGAAUGCUUGUUCCAAUCUCCUAGUAAUUUAUCACAUUUUCUCAGGCAUAGUAAUCUCGAUGUGUUUAUUUGUGAUAAACAUUUGAAACGGAAUCGAAAUAAAAAUG